AUGAUACGACCCAUGACCCGCUGUGAGGAUGCUAGAGAUGCCGCUAUAAAUGGCACAAUUGGAGCCUACAUCACCACGUGUGACGAUGCUGGACGAUACACCCCUGAGCAAUGUUGGGGCUCUGCAGGUUAUUGUUGGUGUGUGACCAGUACUGGAAAGAAGAUCCAGGGUACUGAGACUUCACUAGGAACUGCUCUCAACUGUUCCAGCCAGUAUGCUAUGAUACGACCCAUGACCCCCUGUGAGAUUGCUAGAGAUGCCUCGAUAAAUGGCCCAAUUGGAGGCUACAUCUCCAAGUGUGACAAAGAUGGACAAUACACCCCUGAACAAUGUUGGGGCUCUACAGGUUACUGUUGGUGUGUGAACAGUACUGGACAGGAGAUCCCGGAUACUGAGACUCCACCAGGAACGCCUAGUAUCAACUGUGCCACCCAGUGUAAGUGA